GCGUUAUUGUCCGCCUUGGGCGUCGUAGGGCGCUCGCCCGAGUAAGGACGCUCCCGCCUUUUCCUUUGUCGCACGGGAGUCAGUGCGGCCUCUUUCUGUAUCGCGCGGGCCACGUGUUGUAGGUCCCGCUACGGUGCGUCUCUUUUCGAGCUUCCUUUCUCUCGCGUCGAGUCGAUGCUGCCGCCUUUGUUGGGCGUGGCCUAUAGUAGGCGCCCAUAUAAGGAUGCCUCGAGUUCAGAAUAUCGUUCUGUUGUGCCCGUUGAGGCUCAGCAACCCAGCGACCACUACAUCCUCACUGCAUUGACUGAAUCGAUAUGGGCCGUUUGAAGAGGAUCGCGAAGGUCAGCAACCGCGACCGUGCCCUCUAUGCUGUGAUACACUCGAAGUCAAAACCAUUUGAACGGGCGAAAUUCCACAUACAUGCGAGAGCCCACUCUGCGAGGGCCGGAGAGGAACUGGGAGGAAAGCGAGCUGACGACAACCUAAAGGCCGAGCUCGAUACGUUGCUCGCUGAUGGCCUGCUCACCUGGGAUGAAGACAAAGGGGAGUGUAAAAUCCCCGAGAACGUCGCAGACACCAUUGCUCGCAAUCCGCCAUCGUGCGACGAGGAACUCUCACCCCGCGCAGCAUAUCAAGCGGAGGCGCAGCACUGGCGCAAGAUCUUCCCGCCUACCAAGCGGAAGACGAGGCUCAACUAUAUGUGGGAGUACAUCAGGUCCCGCGGAAGAAUAUGGGUACUUGGACGCCAGCUAGAGGAGAUGCAAGGCGAGAAGGAGAGGCUGCAGAACAUCAUUGGUGACCUCGAGCGCCGGCUCGCGACAAAACAGCAGAGCGAACGCGCUGUAGCCCCGGCCACCCCUGGACCUUCCACGCCGGCCGCACAGGCUGCUGACGCCUACCCAACUCCGAGAUCAGACGCAGAUGCAGAGGAGUCGCCACUCCUACCGUCAACGUCAUUACCGCCGGCACCUCUGAUGAAGGCGCCGCUGACUCCGGUGUCGAAUCCAAGGUUCAUCAUAAAGAGGCGUGCGGUUCCACCAACGCCGUCGCCCCUUGCGCGUCAUGUCCCGACCUAUGCGGAUGCCGACGACCCGAUGGACGACAGCAUCGCCGACAACUCGAUGAUCAUUGAUCAAUUGGAUGGCCUGGAGGGCGCGGACGAUAGCAUGGUCCUCGACAACGCAUCCGAGACCGAGGACGAGAAGUACGACGAGUUGUCGGACAUAGACAUCGACGUCCUCGCACCGCUCGACGAGGGUGCUGCGGUAUCCUCGUCGAAGCCGAGUACGGGAGUGUUCAUGCGCCUCACGGACACACUCGGGAACUUCGUCGGUGACCUCUUCACCCCUGGACGAGGCAGAUCUGUCGGACCCUCGUCAACUCCGAAGAAGUCUUACGAGCUACCCUUGCAACCAACUCGGGAAUCCUCAGCUGAUGCGGCUGAGACGCACGCUACUGUCGGCGUAUCUGCAGAGCCACUCAUGCAGAGUGCAAGCGUCAUGGCGGUCCCAUCAUACUGCUCACGGGCUGUCUCUCCAUUCUCCAUCGGUCCUGAUCCCCGAGAGCUGGAGAUCGCUGAGCUGAAGGCGGAAGUCGUUCAGCUUCAGGCCGACCUGGAGGCCGCUCGGCGCACUGUGACGCAGAAGGACGCGCACGUAGAAGACCUACAAAUGCAGCUUGAAAACAAGCAGCGAAGAAUACGGCUCCUAAUGAAUUUGCACGCGCAGAUGGACGAGGAGUUUGAGAAGGAGAGGACCGGACAAUGAUUGUGAUUAUUGAUAUGUAUGAGCAACCUAUUUAAUGCUAUCCGAUGGAGUUGCGUUCACCCACGACUGUCCCGGACACA